AUAUAUUUGAGGGAGUGUAUUUUAAAGGUCUUGAAACGUUCUUUCUCUUGGGCAGCCAUGGAAAGCAAAGGAUUCCUUCUUUGUCUUCUCUCAUCUUUCAUGGUUGCUAUUCUCCCACUCAUCUUCCUCUCAAAUUCAAAUUCAAAACUCCCUACUCACCGUUCUCUUCUCUCUUCCCGAAACUCCACCCUUUCACUACCACACCCUCUUCAAUCUAUCCCUUCCGUGACUAGCAGUGUUCGAGUCUGGCCGGAUUUAGUGUUUAAUUGGAGAAGCGUGUUGGCAACGAUUAUUGGAUUUUUGGGAUCGGCUUUUGGUACAGUUGGAGGUGUUGGGGGUGGUGGAAUAUUUGUUCCUAUGCUUAAUCUGAUAGUCGGUUUCGAUACCAAAUCGGCAGCUGCACUUUCUAAAUGUAUGAUCAUGGGUGCGUCGACGUCAUCCGUGUGGUACAAUCUACGGGUCCCACACCCAUCCAAGAAUGUGCCCAUUAUCGACUACGAUUUGGCUCUCAUCUUCCAGCCCAUGCUCAUGCUCGGCAUCACCAUUGGAGUUGCCCUAAGCGUGGUCUUCCCUUAUUGGCUCAUCACCGUCCUCAUUAUCAUUCUUUUUCUUGGUACUUCUUCAAGGUCUUUCUUCAAGGGAAUUGAGAUGUGGAAGGAAGAAACUGUAAUGAAGAUGGAAAUAGAGAAGAGAGAAGCUCAGUCAAAUGCCAACAGUCAAGUCAUCAUAGAUGCAGGUUACGAGCCUUUAAUUCCUAAAGAAGAGAAAUCUGGAUUGGAAAUACUACUAUUUAACAUAAGGUGGAAGCGCACUCUGGUGUUGGUGGUCGUUUGGGUCGCUUUUCUACUUCUUCAGAUCUUCAAGAACAAUACAGCUGUUUGCAGUCCUUUGUACUGGGUAUUAAACAUCUUGCAGUUUCCAGUGUCACUAAGCGUGUUUGGUUAUGGAGCACUGAAGCUAUAUCGUGAGAGCAAGAAGCGUAGAAUGUGUGGAAACACAGAAACUGUCUGUGAGGCGACCAUCAGCUGGACUGGAUUCCAGCUCCUCUUCUGUGCUCUCUGUGGCAUCUUGGGUGGCACUGUGGGUGGUCUACUCGGCUCCGGCGGCGGAUUCAUAUUAGGCCCGCUACUUCUCGAGAUCGGCGUAAUUCCACAGGUUGCUAGUGCGACAGCAACGUUCGUGAUGAUGUUCUCAUCUUCUCUAUCAGUUGUAGAGUUCUACUUCCUCAAGAGAUUCCCAAUCCCAUAUGCCUUGUAUCUUAUAGCAGUGUCUGUGUUGGCUGGGUUUUGGGGUCAAUGCUUGAUAAGGAAAUUAGUGACAUGGCUCAGGAGAGCUUCCAUCAUUGUCUUCAUUCUCUCUGCAGUCAUUUUCGCCAGUGCUCUAACCAUGGGUGUGGUAGGCGUUGGGACAAGCCUCAGCAUGAUACAUAAACAUGAAUACAUGGGAUUCUUAAGCUUUUGUGAGGAAUGAUCAACGGGCAACAUUCACAGAGAGAAAAUCAGAUGAUUCGAUCCUUGCAGUAGAAGGGCUUCAAUAAAAAUAUUAUUUUCUUGGGUGUGUUAGCUCCUCGCUAACCUCAAUUUUCUGUUUUUAAUUUUCUUGGGUGUGUUAGCUCCUUGCUAACCUCCAUAUUCUGUUUUUAUUUUCUUGGGUGUGUUAGCUCCUCGCUAACCUCCAUUGUCUGUCUCUGCACAAAGCAUAUGUUACAGGCCAUUAAUCAUAUUCUUUGUGUAUGUUUUGGGGAAAACCUUGUAAAGUCAUGUUUGCAUUUUAUGAUGGCAUCUGCAGCGUUCAUGAUU